AUGAAGGUGUGGGAGCAAGGUGGAAUCAGAAGGCAGGUGUUACAGUAUACCAGCCAUAGAUCUCUGAACAUGACUGCACCGUCACGAUGGACAGUAGAGCUACAGAAAGCUCUCACUACAACAGAUCUGAAAACUCGAUCAAAGACUUCUAGUUCAAGAAACAUGGACCCAUUUCUGUCAAUUGAAACAGAAUAUAUAAAGAAUCUUCAGAAACAAGUCAAUCUUCUGGAACUCGAGACAAAUUUUUUAAGAAAUCAGGCAAGGAAAGCUACAAGUAUUCAGCCAAAGCUUACUCAGGAAGGGGAACAGAUGAUCACACAAAUGAAAGAGUUGCAGUCUCACAUAGACAGCAUGCAGUUGGAUCUGACUCUUAAAGAAGGCACUAUUAGUGCUGUAAAAGAAGAGAAUGAGUCUCUGCGCAGGCACUUGAAAAAUAUUACAGAUGUAAAUAUGCGAGAAAAGGAAAUUCUGUUGGAAGAUGUAACACAGCUUCAAAAACUAGCUGAUGUUUCUAAGCAAGACAUUGCUCAAAAAGAGGAAAAACAAGUGAAAAUUCACCAAGAGCUUCACAGCACCAUCUACACAGUAAAAGAGAAAGAUCGGGAGUGCAACUUGCUGCAAACACAACUUCAGGAGGAUAGGAACCAACAUCAUCGGAUAGAAGUACAGCUUGCAGAAAAGAGGAUGGAUUUCUUACAGACCCAGACCUCUUUACAUCAGCUAGAAGAACAGUAUCUAAAGACCACUCAGUCUGUCCAGGGACAGAUCGCAUCUGAACUCCGAAAAGAAGCAGAAAAACUGAGACAUCAGCUAAAAGAAAAACAGAUGUCUGCAGACGAGGAUAAAUAUUUGAGAAACAAAAUGGCAGAAGACUGUGGGUGGCUCACUAAAGAAAAUGGUGUUUUACAGUCUCGGGUACUGGAAGCAACCAAACUGCUUGAAAAGGAGCAGCAGCUCAGGGAAAAUGAGAGAAUGAAAAACACAAAAAGGAUUUCUGAGAUAACACUGGGGAAAGAAAAAGAGAGAGAGCUUGAGCUGACCCUGUCACACCUGAAAAGACUUGUACAGGAUGAAAAGGACAAAGUGUUCACUGCACAGGAGCAGAUGCUGCAUGUACAACAAGGAAGGAAGUCUGUGGAGCUGAAUGGAAGUUCCCUUCGGAGCCAGCUGACAGAUUUAGAAAAUGAGCACUCGAGAGUGAAACUGGAAAACUCCCAGCUGCGCAUGGACAAGGCUAAUUUGGUGAAACAUAUAGCUCAGCUGCAUAAGCAGAUUGCUUCCAGAAAUGAUGAAAUCCGUCGCAUGCAAAGUCAUGUGGACAGCUUGUGCUAUGAAAUGAAUAGCCUGCAGCUUCAAAAAGAUCUGAAUGAGUCCUCUGAAAAGCAAGCUUGGGAACAGCUAUCAAGCAUCACAAAAGGCGUGCAUAACCUAGCCACAGAAAUGGCUCUCAAGUAACCACUGCCCUGUGCUCUUACACAUAUAUUAUAUAUUUUAUUUCUUGUGUUCACCCUCUCUCUAUUACACAAAUGAGAUACCUUCAGACCUGAGGAAGAGUGGAAAACUCUCGAAAGCUUGCCUUUGAAAUAUUAUGU